GUUUUGUCAGACCAGCCCCGCCCCCUGGCACGCGCUCGUUCUUGUCAAGCGGAAUGGCUCCUUUGAAGUUCUGCGCGAAUUUAUCGUGGCUCUUUACGGAGCUGCCGGACCUGAGCAGGCGGCUUCAGGCGGCCGCCGCCGCGGGAUUCCAGGCUGUGGAGGCCGCCUGGAUCCUGGACUCGAACCUGCAGGAACUGCAGAGAGUCAAAGAGUCCGCGGGCGUGGAGCUGGUGCUGCUCAACACGCCGCCAGGAGACCUGAAGGCCGGGGAUCUGGGUCUGGGAGCGGUUCCCGGCAGAGAGGCGGAGUUCAGACGCGGUCUGGAGCAGACUGUGGACUUUGCUAAAGCUCUGAACUGUAAGAGAGUUCUGGAGCCGAUCCUGAACGUUUGUGUCCACCUGCAGGAUUCACCUGAUGGCAGGAAGGAUUCCUGCCGACUCCUCCAGAGCGUCCGCUGCCCGGGAGAUGGAGGCCGUCUUCAUUCAGAACCUCAGAUACGCCGCCGACGUCCUGCAGAAGGAGGAGAUGACCGGACUGAUCGAGCCCAUCAACACAAGAGUCACAGACCCCAAUUAUUUCCUGAACUCCCCCCACCAGGCGGCAGAGAUCCUGGAGAAGGUUGGCCGGCCCAACAUUCAGCUGCAGAUGGACCUCUUUCACUGGCAGAUCAUGGAUGGAAACCUGACUCAGAACAUGCAGAAGUACUUACCUCUAGUUGGUCACGUUCAGGUGGCGCAGGUUCCCGGCAGGAACGAGCCAGACAGUCCAGGAGAACUGAACUUCCACUACCUGUUCAGCACGCUGGAGAACCUGGGCUACCAGGGCUACGUGGGCUGCGAGUAUAAACCACUGGGCUCCACAGAAGGAGGUCUGGGGUGGAUCAAGGAGUACAGGGCUCGUGGUCCUGAACCUGGAGGAUCGGGCCUGUAACUGGGAUGUUUGAGCUGGUUCUGUUGGGAUUUUGCUGUUGAAGAAAACCCAGUCCAGACAAAACCUGUAGGAUUCAAGGAUCUGGUGAUUGAUAAAAAAAUCUUUCUCAAAAUGCUGGCUGGUUGAUGUCAGCAAAAGUCCAGUUAGCAGCUCUGAGAGUUUUGUGUCUGAGCUUCAUAUGACUUGGGCUCAUGUUGAACCACAAAUAAUUUUGUCCAAUUAAACCAGUAUUUUCUUAAGCAUAUAUGAAAUAAAGUCUAACUUGGAGAUGA